AAACGUGUGCCUAACUCAGUAUGUUUCUGACUGGUUGUGCCUACGCAUCGGUCUUUAUAACCGAGCGUUUAAAAACGCGACGUUUCUUCCUCGGUUACGUUGACGUACGGGGAUCGAAGCCGAGUUUCUCGCGUUUUAAACUUCCCGCAAUUCGGACGUCCCCCACCUAAGGGACCUACGGUUACGUAACGGUUACGAAGAGACGCUAUUCCGCUAUUCAAAUUUAACUCAAACUCCCGCCGCGCCGGUGAUUCAACUCUCUUCGACUUUCGCGCAAAUCUUCAUUUUUUUUUCUACUUUAUUUUUAUUUUUUUUGUGAUUUCAUUCAAUUUAUUGAUAUUUGUUUUGAAGUUUCGAUUUGAACUUGUUCAAGUUUUAAAUGCCAUAGAAAAUGUCAACGUGCUUACACCUGGCCGCCUCAUUUUGACAUUUCGGAUUUUACCGCUGAUUUUCAGAAAACGGCGAGCUAUGAUUGUUAUCCGUCUGUGCUUGACCUGAUGCCUUCGCACGAAGCCCAAAAUCCCUACAGACAUGGCCAUAUUGGUGAUAACCCUUUCGAAAACACAACGUGGACGAAAAAUCAUUUUUCGACAGGAGCAGCAUCUCCAUGGCCAGCACCUUUAAGACAAUCUCGAUAUAGUGAUGAUGGUAUUAUGGAUCAAGACAUAGAUGGAGAUGGUGCAAUUAACCUUUCGACUUCGCAGCGACCAUCGGCUGCCACAACUCCAAACGAUGGAGUGCCAGCGGAUAACGUUGAACAAUUGUGUUUUGGUGUUGUGACGCUCUGCCACCGCGGACGCCCGCCAACCGCCUCUAUGAAGUACUGUGAGACUCGUAUGCUCGCCUCUUUUGCUCAGCAGGCUGCCUCCUUAGAAAAAGUGCUCAAGGAACACCAGCAGCAACAACAGUUAGACCUGGAGCGGGCUUGGGAAGAUAGGGAGAUUAAGGGAAAUGGAAACUCCAGCCCCCCAAGUGGCGAACCCCGGGUGCAGGAUCACUCUCCGGCUACGCCACCGGACGUACAAAAGCCGGUUAUCACGACUGUUCCAGUAUCACAAUCAUCCGCCGGGCCACAGAUGUUACCUUCACCUGUGCCCGGUCUUCACCAUAUGCAGCAAUUAUUACAACAGCACGUUUUAAGUCCCAAUCAACUUCAGCAGCUUAUGAAACAUCAUAGCAUGCUACAACAGCAACAACAGCAACAUCAACUUGCCGAGUUAGGGAAGAAACAAAUCGAGCAAACGAUGCAGCAACUUCAAGAACAACUCCAACUUAAUAUUAUCCAGCAGACACACAUACUUCAAAGUGGGGAUAAGAAAAAAGCUUCCUCCGGCCCUUUACAACAACUAGUUAUACAACAACAACAGCUCAUACAACAGAUCCAAUUGAUACAACGACAGUAUGUUGUACACCAAGGGAUGGGGAUGCAACCUCUUAUGUUAGCACAAGGUCCAGGGGUCACACCCCGUGAGGUAAUGUCACCCUGGAAACAAGAACUCACCGGCGAUCAACAAUCUUCUAAUUCUAAAGCAGCAUCAGAUGUUAAUGAUUCUUCAGAUUUAUUAGGAGUUGUGACGCCGGGACGUUCGAGUCGCGAAAGGGAAGAGAAUACAGAGGACAAAAUCGAUAGAACUAGCACCCCAGACAGGGUACACCACCUCUACGGACACGGUGUAUGCAAAUGGCCGGGCUGUGAGGUGAUCUGCGAUGACCUCUCUGCGUUUAUGAAACAUCUGAAUACAGAGCACACCCUUGACGACAGAUCGACUGCUCAAGCUAGAGUGCAGAUGCAAGUAGUGUCACAAUUGGAGCUCCAGUUGCAAAAAGAACGAGACAGGUUGCAGGCGAUGAUGCAUCACCUGCACUUAUCGAAGCAGUUAGGGUCCCCUGAACCAUUGAAGGACGGUGGCGUUGCUGUUGGGGGGAAACUUCCUCUCGGUGGAGUCCAUCCUCAACCUCCCGUUUCGAUGGGUCCUUUGGUGUCGGCAGUAAGGUCACCGGUGCUGCAUUCGUCAGCUUCAAACGUAGCGGGUCCUAUCAGGAGGCGGAUCAGUGACAAGAGUGCACUCUCACUAGCAGGUGGCCACGUGUUCUCUUACGCUGCGCUGUCAGGCUUGCCGUACAUGUUGGAACGGGCCGGACUGGACGUCCAACAAGAGAUACAACGGAAUAGGGAGUUCUACAAGAACGCCGACGUCAGGCCACCAUUCACGUACGCCUCACUCAUCAGACAGUCUAUCAUAGAAUCUCCAGACAAACAGUUGACACUCAAUGAAAUAUACAACUGGUUCCAAAACACUUUUUGCUACUUCCGAAGGAACGCAGCAACUUGGAAGAAUGCGAUUCGCACCAAUCUAUCACUCCACAAGUGUUUUGUGCGCUAUGAGGACGACUUUGGGUCAUUUUGGAUGGUUGAUGACGCCGAAUUUGUGAAGCGGCGCCACUUGUCGCGUGGCCGCCCACGGAAAUAUGAUCCCACCCCGUCACCUACUCCACCCCACUGCGCACAGGGCGGAACGUCGAAGAGUCCAACGAUGAACCACAGUCCCACGAUGUACGGUGAUCCAUUGACGGGAAACAUACAGGUACGUUCGAAAAACGUUAGCGGUGUCGAGUCGUAUCAAGGGAGUCCGUGGCAGUAUUCGCAGAAUUCGCUGCUCGAGGAGAAUCUGGCGUACCUAUCCGGGGCCAACAUGAGCGCCCGACCAGGAGAACGGUCCGAUUCACCACCACAUGACCACAUGAGGUUUUCAUUUAGGUCACCUUUAAAUGGUGGCCUUCAUAUAAAACAAGAGAGUAUAAUGCAACAGGACCAUCAUAUGCAGCGGGAGGACCAACAACCAGUGCAUCACGUGAUCAAGAGGGAGAUGCAUUCGGAGUACGAGGAAAUGGAAGAUGGGCACGGUGAAGGAAUGGCGGAAGAUUUAACGGUGAACGUGAAUCAUAGCGAUCCGAGCGUGAUCGACGCGUAGUGAGCGAAAAUCGCGAAUUAAAAAAAAAUCGGACGAUGUUAUAUCUUUAUUAUUUCGAUGUCUCUUGGAGUCGCCUAUGGAAUGUUGGAAGCAUUGUAUGAUGGGCGACGGAAAGAUGAACGACGACGGCAUAUCUGAGUAGUGUGCGUAAAACACAGAUCAAAACUCGACUACUACUAUUACUACUACUUGUACAGCAGUGUGUAUAUAGAUAUGUUAAAACGGUGGGUUUGUAGACGAAGUGCGUUGCGUUUAUGUACUGUUACUUGUUAGUUGAAUGGAUAUAAUCAGUACUUAGUAGGGCCCUUUAGUUCUUUAAAUUUUACCUACAGGGUUGUCUGUUAGAGGAAACGAAGAAGCGGAUGGACUUCUACCCUACGCAUUAUUAAAAAAAAUAACCAUUGUCGCCAAAGUAAGUUUUACAAAAGAAAAGAUUCUAUUAUUAUUAUUAUUAUUGCUACUCUGUAUUAACGAUUAUUGUUAGAAUUUUAUCGACGGCCAGUUUCAAAUGUUGACAAAGCCGUCAGUUGCAUUUACGACUAUUGAUUUUUUGUUUCCUUUCGCUUAGUAUUAAUUUAUUUUUUUUAUUACGGAAAAGAAAAAAAAUAACGACUAUUUUCACCCUCGAGCUCACAAGACCUAAGCAAUAUUGUGUAUAAAAAACUUUCAACUUGUCAUUAUUAUCUUUUUAUCGGUAAAAAAAAUUCCAUAUCAUUAUCUAAACGAACUACGUCAUAAUAUCAAUGUAUAAAGAAAAGUGAAAACAGAAGCGGUAGUUAAGACGACUUUACUACGUUAGCUAGGCUACUUUUGUCCCAUGUAUCAGUCAUUUUCGUAUUACUCUAUACAAGUAAACUUAGCGAACAUCUAUUUAUUUUCAAAAAAAAGUCAUAAAUGUACCAUUUUUUCGCCGAGGCGCGUCCGAAAACGCGUCUUAAGGCGCGCCCGCCUUCGCAAAAUAGCGAGUAAAUAUCGAAUAAAUUUUUGUGGAUAUGUAAGGAAUUAUCAUUGUUGCCAAAAAUACAUUCGCGUUUAAUGUGAUAGUACUUUAGUUCUGAUCGUUUACCUAGAAAAACAUUUUAAAAAAUAAACAAAAAACAUUGAAAAAAACUAGCUGUAAGAAUGACAUUGCAUGAGGAUUACAAAUACAAUAUUUAUUUGCCGACCUUACUUUGAUGAUGUACAAAAAAAACGACGCAAACAACGUUUCCAUUUUUCCGUACCAUUCGCGCAAGGACUGCGUAACGACUACGACUCACGUUUAAAAUAAAACCUAAAACCUAGUCACACGCGAUCCCCUACAUAUCAAACAUGUCUAGGUUUUGAAACAGCACAGUAUUGUUCCUUGCUAACCAGUCAGAUUAUUAAGAAAAUAAAAACGAUCUAUUCAUUAAUUGUAUCAUUUUUACUGUAUAUCAAUUUAAUUUCGUUCCGUUUUAAUAUUUAAUUCGUAAUUAUAACAAUAAUAAAGCAAUAACGAUA